GGCGGGGGUGCAAACAAGACAAACACGCUAUCAGUUUAUCGCUUUUCGUCACUAUCGACUUUCAUCAUCAGCAUUGCUUUUGGUCUUUUGCGCCUCUGCCCGUUCGUCUUGCUAUGGCAGUUCUCUCCAUGGCAGACAGUCCUCCUCCGGAGGUCCAUCACUACGAUCACAUCGGAGAAGUUCCCUGGGAUAUCCAAAAUUACUGGGCUCAGCGGUAUAAGAUAUUCUCGCGGUAUGACGAGGGUGUCUGGCUGACCGACGAUGCAUGGUUUGGAGUUACUCCCGAACCUGUAGCCAAUAAAAUCGCCGAACACGUCGCCAGCGCGGCCCCCGCUGGACGGAGCAUCUUGGUAGACACGUUUGCUGGCGCUGGAGGGAAUUCCAUCGCUUUCGCGCUCUCGGGCAAGUGGAAGCGAGUCUACGCCAUCGAGAAGAACCCGGCUGUCUUACAGUGUGCUAAGCAUAAUGCGCAAAUCUACGGGGUGCAGGACAAGAUCACCUGGUUUGAAGGAGACUGCUUCGAGAUUUUGAAGAACCAACUCAAGGAUCUGGCUCCGUAUAGCGUCAUCUUUGCUAGUCCUCCCUGGGGCGGCCCUGGAUAUCGCUCCGACAAGGUAUUCAAUCUGCGCACAAUGGAACCAUAUUCACUGAGCAAGCUAUACCGUGAAUUUGCACUCUUUAGCGAGCAUAUGGUCCUCUUUCUGCCUCGAACUUCAGAUGUGAAACAAUUGGCCAAGGUGGUCAAGGACGGGCAGCAAUCAACGGUGAUGCAUUACUGUAUGGAGGGAGCCAGCAAAGCCCUUUGUGUUUACUACGGUGGGUUCAAUCUGCAGUGAUUCGUGGGUGUUUUCCUUUUUCCUCAUGUACAUAAUGACACACGCGAUGGGACGGGAAAUUCCCGGUCGCGCGCCAGUGUUUGCUUUGUUCUGUGAUGUAUGAUAGUCUGCUCUGAUGAACGAACAAUAAUACCCUUUGCUUUUCUAUAAAUGA